GGACUCUUUUCGUAAGUGGCUUACCAAUGGAUGCGAAACCAAGGGAGUUAUAUCUUUUAUUCAGAGCAUAUGAGGGAUAUGAAGGAUCUUUGUUAAAAGUGACGAGUAAAAAUGGAAAAACUGCUUCUCCUGUUGGUUUCGUUACUUUUAAUACAAGGGCUGGUGCAGAAGCAGCUAAGCAAGAUCUCCAGCAGGGCGUAAGGUUUGACCCCGACAUGCCUCAGACGAUCCGGCUGGAGUUUGCUAAAAGUAACACGAAGGUUAGCAAGCCCAAACAGCAAGCCGCUAACGCAGCCAACACGCACCCAACUCUGAUGCACCCCCUCACAGGACAUUUGGGAGCACCAUUCUUCCCAGGAGGACCGGAAAUAUGGCACCAUCCAUUGGCUUAUUCCGCAGCGGCUGCAGAACUCCCUGGGGCAGCCCUUCAACAUGCAACCCUCGUCCAUCCGGCACUACACCCUCAAGUGCCCCCACCAAUGUCGUUACCACACCCAACGGCUUUAACAUCGGUCCAUGCGGCUUCUUUGCCGCAUUUCCUGCCGAGUCCUGCUUUAGCAUCGCCUGUGGGUUCGAGUUCAUCCCAGCCAGGUUUGGGGAUGAGUAAUCCGCCCUGCUCGACGCUUUUCGUCGCCAAUUUGGGCCAAUUCGUGUCUGAACACGAACUGAAGGAGAUCUUCGGCAGGUAAGUCAUUGUUUUAUUGAUCCGAGUUCGAUAUAU